CAACAAUUCAAGGCAUAGGAAAUUUAGCUGGUUCACUAUUGUUACUAAUUCAAUUAAGGGGCUAUAGGUGUAUGAAGAACAACAACAAUAAUAGCUAUACUGAUGAAGAAAUCAAUAAUAUAAUAGUUUAA